AUGGCUGCUUCUAGUUCAUCGUUAGUCGAUUCAUCAAUAAUUAACAAUGAUCAAUCCAUUCAGAUCUGUGAUAUAGAAACCUCUUCAACUGAUAAAAAAAGGAAUAAAACAAUAUCUGCAAAUAGUAAAAUAAUAUCGAAACGAAAAAUGACAUAUAAAGAACAUCGUGAAGUAAUUUAUAAAUUAAAUCAAAUUAAGCAAAUUAUACAUGAAGAAAAUUUAAUACAUGAAAAAAUAAAUCGUAUAAACUUAGAAAAACAACAUGUACGAAGUUUAUUACUCCUCCUUCAUGUUGUAGAUUCAAUUGAUGGAAUGAAAUAUUCACAACAUGGUUAA